UUUGCGUGAACGCGGCAGGUUGGUCCUGGAGCAGAUGAGCGCAGACUAUUUAGGCGAGAGCGCGAGGAGGGGGGAGCGCGGGGCAGGAGGAGUACCUCGGCCGAGAAAAUUAUGCAUGCGUUAGGGAAGCUCUGAGAGAAUGGCUGUGGAAGCGCUCCACUGUGGUUUGAAUCCACGGGGUAUUGAUCACUCUCCCCGUGCUGAAGGUAUUAAACUGCAAAUUGAAGGUGAAGGUGUUGAAUCUCAAUCCAUUAAAAACAAAAACUUCCAGAAGGUGCUUGACCAAAAAGGAACCCCCAAGCGACUGCAGACAGAAGCUGAGACGGCGAAGUCUGCUGCGGUGAAGCUGUCAAAGCCAGUGGCUCUGUGGACGCAGCAGGAUGUCUGCAAGUGGUUGAAGAAACAUUGUCCGAAUCAGUAUCAGAUCUACAGUGAGGCAUUCAAGCAGCAUGACAUAACUGGCCGAGCCCUGCUGAGACUUACAGACAAAAAGCUUGAGAGAAUGGGGAUCACCCACGAGAACCUCCGGCAGCACAUCUUACAACAGGUGCUCCAGCUGAAAGUGCGAGAAGAAGUCAGAAACUUACAGUUACUCACACAAGCUAUACUAACAAGGCCCAGUGGGAACUCUUCUUGAUUGAGGCUGUCUCCAGAGUCCAAGAGUCUCAACGGAGGGUUCUCUGUGAAUGUGGUAGCCUUCCAAGCUGCUGUUCUGCCAGUUGAUAUGAACAUGGCCUGAUCCUCACAGAAAGACUCACUCAUGGCACUGCCAGAAGAUAUCCUUGGAGUAUUGACAGAUUAACCAGAGUCACAGAAAAAAAAGAAAAAGAAAAAGCACCAAGCACCCUGUCAGUAAAGCGUAUGGGUUUGGAAAAUCUUAGUUUGCUGUGGAUUUCUAAAUGAGGUGCAUAUUAUACAGUGCCAACUGGUUCCAAGUGGUCAUUGGCAGACCCAUAGCUGGAAAAUUGCUUCCAGUUUUCAUCACUGUGCAUAACUGAAGCUCCCCCCAGGGAGCUGUCUGUACCCUUCACUAGAAGUCCUGUUUUAGCAUGGCAACUACUGGAUUAUUUUAUUAUGUGUACAGAUGGCAUGAUGUGUUAGAAAAAAAAAUCCCAGCAGCUCUGCAAUCUCAGUGGAUGCGUUCGCCAUAUUAUGCCCUGGUAAGAAUGUAAACUUGUCUCGGUUAUGUUAGUUAUAAUGUCUAACGAUUUUCUGUCCAACUCUGAAGCACUUUAUAGGAGAACACUACACUUAAACAAACCGGCACGUGCAGUACAUGUGGAAAGUGUUUUCUUUUUUUCUUUUAUAAGCCUUGUCCUAUUUAUGGCUCAGACUGUCAAAGAUAAACUCCUCUUUUAGCAUAUUCUUGAUUGUGUGUGAUAGAUUAGUGUAAAUAUGGCCACAAUACUGUUAAACUUAACCUCUUGACACUUUACUAAACAACCAGAUCACUUAAAGCACCAAAGGGAAGCAGAGGGGAGCCUGGGAGGGUCAGACCUUAGCUCUCAAUUGUACCUGGGUGCAACUGAACCCGUGCACAUACAAAUACUCCAACACAGGAGAUUGGACUUGGCCAGUGCAUGUGGUCUUAAUAUUCAGUAGAGGAAAUCUUUCAAAGAAACGGGAAGAGACCCUGGUGGGAGCAUGGCAAAGGAGAUAGUUUGUGUAUGUGUAUAUCUAUAAGCCAACUCUAGCACUUUAGAAAACUUUCU